AUGGCCCUGGGUCUGCAGCCGGUCGUGGGUGGAAGGGGGUGUAUAUCGACAACGACAGCGAUCAAGCUACCACCUCCGAAGGACCACCGACGGAGGAGGAGCACUCGGACACGGACCUUGAGGAGGCGCGGGGCAAGCUGGCCAAGGCCCAGCGACGAGGAUCGCGGCCAGGCCUGCCAGCCCGUACCCACGAGCCUGCAGGACGACCAGGACGAUGCGCCAGGCGCCUGUGCCACGGCGAGCGUGAUCGGCCGCUGCGACCAGAAUGGCGAGACGCAGAGGUCUGCAGGUGACAGCAACGCCUCGCCGCAGAAGGGCUAG